GGAGUUCGAUUAGUCAGGUCUGGGGCAGUGACAGUCAUGGAGGAGCUGUGCAGCGGGUUUGUUCAAAUCCACAAAUAACCAUAGCUCGCUCAAUUAUCGGCAAAAAUGGCAUCUGUUCUGGAGGAUCCAACUCUGGAGAGACACUUCAAGGGACACAAAGACGCCGUCACCUGUGCAGACUUUAAUCCAAACCAAAAGCAGCUGGCUACGGGAUCAGUAGAUAAGACGCUGAUGAUCUGGAAUCUGGCUCCAAAGGGAAGAGCCUUUCGAUUUGUCGGGCACCAGGAUGCCAUCACAGGGCUGCAGUUCUCUCAGUCUGGUGGUCUGGUGGCAUCUUCCUCCAAAGAUAGAACGGUUCGAUUGUGGACGCCUUCCAUAAAAGGAGAGUCUACAGUUUUCAAAGCUCAUACCGCCGCAGUCCGCAGCGUUGCUUUCUCCAACGACGGCCACAGACUGGUCACUGCAUCUGAUGACAAGUCUGUCAAAGUUUGGAGUGUCCAGCGGCACUGUUUCAUCUACUCCCUCAACCAGCACACUAACUGGGUCCGCUGUGCCAGGUUUUCUCCAGAUGGGAGGCUCAUAGCGUCCUGUGGAGACGACCGCUCUGUCCGUCUUUGGGACACGUCCUCCAGACUCUGCAUCAACUGCUUCACUGACUGCAGCGGCUCUGCAACUUUUGUUGAUUUCAACUCCAGCGGCACCUGCAUUGCCUCCUCAGGAGCUGACAGUUCCCUUAAGAUCUGGGAUUUACGGACCAACAAGCUGAUUCAGCACUAUCAAGUCCACACUGCAACUAUCAACAGUUUCUCCUUCCAUCCGUCGAGUAAUUACUUAAUCAGUGGCUCCAGUGAUAGGACGGUUAAGAUCCUGGACCUGCUGGAGGGCCGCCUCAUCUACACGCUGCAUGGACACAAGGGUGCUGUAAUAACGGCUGCGUUUUCAAGGGUUGGAGAUCUGUUUGCAUCAGGUGGAGCUGAUUGCCAGGUGCUGCUCUGGAAGACAAACUUUGACAGUAAACCUUAUCAGGACCUGCUGCAACAUCAUAGCCGGAGAUCAACCCCUAAUCCGCCACCCCACCUGUCGGACAUCCACCCCAGAACACCUCACCUCCACCACCCACAGCCCACCCCCAUCCAGAUAAAUCCCACUGUGACCGACACCAGGUCCUCUGAUCCACAUGUUGUCGAGCUGGGCCAAGCUCUACAUGAAGACAAGACAGAUUUCCUGGCACUUCAUGACAGUGGUUCAAAAGUAGAAGAGUGGACCGGGGGUGAAAGUACCAACUGGGCAGGGUCAAAUUCUGGGAACCAGAGCGGCUCAGACGGUGCAGGAAGAGGAAGGAGGAAAGAAGAGGACACGGCACAGAACCACCCACUGGAGGUCCUCUCAGGUCAUCCAUCAAGUCUGGAUUUCACCCUGCAGCACAUUGUUCAACAGCUGGAUGUUCUCACGCAGACUGUUUCUGUGCUUGAAGAGCGUCUCACCCUAACAGAGGACAAGAUGAAGGAGUGUCUCCAGUAUCAAUCUCAGAUCCUGAAGGACAUGCAGGCACCAGGAGAGAGGCACAGGAUGGAAAGCAAAGGGACAGAUGAGUCCCCUGCUAAUUUCACUUAAAGCUGGCACCCUCCCUCUGAGGCACAAACACGGGGAUAUUCUCUGCUUUAUGACUGUUAAGAACUUGUACUGUUGUGUGUGUGCGCAUGAAACACCGUGGUGGUCUACAUCUUGGGUCAGUGGGUUAAUCAGGAAUCUGGCAGAAGUCAGAGUGAUUUAUUGUGCAUCUCAGUGUGUGUGUGGGUCACCAACAUGUUUCUUUUGUGUCUUUGGUCACCUCUGACUGAUAUUCAGCAUUACAGCCAGCAGCAAUUUAUCUGCGGCUGCGCAGAUAUGAAGCGGUAUAACCUGCUGUGAAAACAGGCCAUCUGCUGCAUCACCUCUUAUUCCAAGCAUUUAAAUUUGGUUCCUCUAAAAUAAAUGGAUGUUUUAGCAGUUUCCUGCUUUAGAAAUAUAUGUUGUUGUUUUUUUUUAUUUUUUAUUUUUUGUAUAUUUGUUAAUGUAAAAUUCUGAUUUAUAGAACUACUAAACUCUGCACAUAUCACCUAAGAUGUAACAACUGCAAUUUUUAUUU